AUGUCUGAUAAUAAUUGUUCUUCUUACCAACGAGGACAAGACUUCGAAAAAGAAAUAUUUGCGAGAUUAAUAGAAGUGGAAAUAGAAUGUUAUCGUGUUAAAUUAAGUCGAGGUGAUGGUGGACGAGAUAUUGAAGGUGAAUUAGCAGGAAUUCCAAUUGUAGUUCAGUGCAAAAAUUGGACAGACAGAGUUGGUGUUGAAGUAGUUCGUGAUAUGGAAUUUUGGGGCAAGGGAAAAAACUAUGAUUAUGCAAAAGAUUUGGAAAAUGAAUUAGUGAAUAGAUUGAAGAAAAAGGGAUUUAAGGAAUCAUUAGAAAAUAACAAUUUGGACAACAAACUUGUUAAACACUUGCUUCGUGGAGUUUUUGAAGAAUAUACCGCACCAGAAUGUUGA